AUGGCGCCCUAUGCUCAAAACCAGCGGAGACUCAUAAUCGUCUCAAACCGCCUUCCACUUUCCGUCAAGCCCAAGGACGGCAGUUACGAGGCGGUUCCGUCCAGCGGGGGAUUGGUGACCGCUCUAAAGGGGUUGACCUUUUCCGACUAUCUGUGGCUAGGCUGGCCCGGGGUUGAUAUCAAUGAACGGGACAGAGAAAGUGUUGAUAAAGCCUUGGCCAAAGAAAAUGCCGCUGCAGUAUACUUAGAUGAGGGUUUAGCUCAGAGUCAUUACAAUGGAUUCUCCAAUGGUGUCUUAUGGCCCACGUUACAUUAUCAGUCGGAAGUGUCUUUCGACAAUGAGACGUGGGACGCGUACCAGCGCGUUAAUAAGAUCUUCGCUGAUCGAAUCAGUGAGGAGGCGGCGGAUGGUGACCUAAUAUGGGUACAUGAUUAUCACCUACUCCUGCUGCCACGUCUACUGCGUGAGCACCUACAUGCGCAGAACAAAAGAUGUCCUAUAGGAUAUUUUCUGCACACCCCUUUCCCAGCAGACGAUUUUUGGAGAGGCCUGCCUGUUCAGAAACAGUUGCUUGAUGGUGUCCUUGGUAGCGACCUCAUCGGCUUCCAUACCGAUGAGUAUAAGGCGAACUUUGCUGGUGCCUGCAGUUCACACGUUGGGGCGGAAGUUGAAGGCGGCAAUAUCCACUACAACGACCGUACUAUUAGCAUUGAUAAAUAUGUCGCGGGGAUUGAUUACCAGAGAUUUGCUGAUACAAUCGAUGAUCCUGGGGUUGAGGCUAAAAUCCAGGAGCUCGAGACCCAGUACAAGGAUAAAACGAUCAUAAUUGGCGUGGACCGCAUGGACUAUACAAAAGGAUUGCCUGAGAAAUUGGAGGGCUUCCGAGUCUUCCUCGAUCAACAUCCUGAAUACAGCGAAAAGGUUGUGUUAAUACAGAUCGCCAUUCCGAGUCGCGAAGAUGUCAAGAAGUACCAAGACUUGGAGGGAGAAGUGAGCAAGCUUGUGGGCCAAAUCACUGGCAAAUAUGCUACUCCCAAAUCGACACCAUUGCUCUACAUUCACCGCUCGGUUUCUUUUGCGGAGCUUACAGCUCUGUACUCUGUGUCUGACGUCUGUCUCCUCACUUCACGCCGGGACGGGAUGAACCUUGUUGCUUCCGAGUACGUCGCUUGCCAAGAGGCUCGACACGGUGUGUUGGUGCUCUCUGAGUUUGCCGGUGCAGCAGUCUUCAUGAAACACGGCAGUCUGUUGUUCAAUCCUGCUAAUGCAGAUGGCCUCUCGAAUGCACUUUACGAGGCUAUUACAAUGGGAAAGAAGGACAGGAAGAAGAUGUAUGAAGGGUUGCGGAGUUUUGUCACCACUAACACUAGUGCAAAAUGGACAGAGGCGUUCGUUGGAGAGCUUAUGAGACUGCAGAAAUAG